AUCUGAGAUCGGUAGCUGAAAAAAAAAAACAAACUCGAAUUUUGCCCCUUAAAAAAAUCCAACGUUCUUGCACUAAAUGGAAUUUUAAGCUUUGGAAAAAUCAGUGUGUGUUUUUUUGGCGCCCGAAAUCGACAAAGAAAAAGGCGAAACAUUAAGAAAAACAAUUGAGAAACACAAGUCACAGGCGAGAUCAAUGGCUGCCGCCAAAACGAGUGUGCACAGUUCAGUUCCAACUGGUCCCAUGUUUGGAUUAAUUUUAAUGAUGGCGUGGUCGACGAGCUGGGCGUCGUCGUGGCAAGAAAAUGUCAAGCCCAUCAUGACCGUCAAUUACGGAGCUGACGAUGCGGUCCGUUUCCAAGGCAACACGACCAGUAAAGAUCACUUCCGGCUAUUGCAAGCGGAUGGCGAAUACGUUCUAGUCGGAGCCAGGAAUGCCGUCUACAAUUUGAGCAUGCCGAAUAUGGUGGAGAACAAGAAGGUCGAAUGGUUCGCGCUGGAGGAUCACGUCAAAAUGUGUCAGCUGAAAGGUCGCAGUGAGGAGGAAUGCCAGAAUUACAUCCGAGUGCUGGCCAUGAAGAGUCCCGGCCGUCUGUUGCUAUGCGGCACCCACGCCUACAAGCCCAUGUGCCGCGAAUACGCCUACAAGGACGGUGAAUACGUUUUGGAGAAGCAGGUCAACGGCCAGGGCGUCAGCCCUUACGAUCCAUCACACAACUCGACGGCCGUCUUAGUCGAUGGCGAAUUGUUUGUGGGCACAGUCGCCGAUUUCUCCGGCAUGGAUCCGCUCAUCUACCGGGAGCCUUUGCGCACGGAACAGUACGACGCCACAAACCUGAACGCUCCGAAUUUCGUCAGCUCAUUCGCUCACGGCGAUUACGUCUACUUCACAUUCAGGGAGACGGCCGUCGAGUACAUGAACUGCGGCAAGACGGUGUACUCGAGAAUCGCGCGCGUAUGCAAAUCGGAUCGUGGCGGGCCUCACAAAUUCCGCUACCGCUGGACGUCCUUCCUCAAAUCGCGUCUCAACUGUUCCGUUUCCGGCGAUUAUCCGUUUUACUUUAACGAAAUCCAAUCGACUGCCGGCCCUUACGAGAGCCGUCACGAAGGGAAACGCGUCGACAUUAUUUACGCCACGUUUACGACGCCUUCCAACGCUCUGUCCGGUUCGGCCGUCUGCGCUUUCCGCCUCCACGACGUCGAGAAGGUCUUUGACGGCGCUUUCAAAGAGCAGGCCGCAUUGAACUACAAUUGGCUGCCCGUUCCGGCCCACAAGGUACCGGAGCCGAGACCUGGACAGUGCGUCAACGACUCGCAAACGCUGCCAGACGUGACGCUCAACUUUAUCAAAUCGCAUUCGCUGAUGGACGAAUCGGUUCCGUCGAUGCUCAACGAGCCGCUCAUCAUCCGCACCGGAUUCCAUCACCGGUUCACCAAGAUCGAAGUCGAUCCGCAAGUUAAAACGCCAGAAGGCAAAUACUACGACGUCCUCUUCAUUGGCACAGAUAACGGCAAGGUGAUCAAAGCCAUCCGCACCGAUUCCGGACAGCAGGUGAUCAUCGAGGAGAUGCAAGUGUUCCCCACCUCGGUGGCCGUCACCAACAUGAUGAUCCAUCGCGGCAAGAUGGGCGGCCCUGACGGCGCUUCGGAAGAAGCCCGGCUCGUCGUGUCCUCUCAGAGCGAGAUCGCUUCGCUCAAACUGCAGCGUUGCUACAGCGACAAGGUGUCCACCUGCAGCGAUUGCGUGAAAUUGCGUGACCCGUACUGCGCGUGGGAUAAGCGCAAACAGAAAUGCGUGGCCGUCGGGUCGUGGACGUUGGGCACGAACCUGUUCCAGAACGUCAACACGGGAUUGCACGAGUCCUGCCCGGAAUCGACCCACGGCAAGUCUCUGGUGAAAGCGCCGCCGAGUCGCGACAACAACGCCGGAUACGUGGCUUCGUCUUCCUCGUCGGCUUCCGGCAUGGCCGAAGCGUCGCUCUUCAACGCCGAUUUUCCAGCCGCGCCUCCGUCGUCGUCGUCGGGGGGCCCUUCCAGGAGCGGCAAAUCGUUCGCCACGCACAGCCACGUGGCGUCGGACGUGCCGGACGGCGACAAGGACGAGGCCAAUGGCGGCGCCGACAUGGACGCGGCCAUGGACGGCGGUUUGGAUUUGGACGACAUGGACGACGUCGGCGGUUCGGUCAGAGGCAACGACGGCCCCAGGAUCGCUCCAGACGAGUCGCAGCCCAAGUACACUGUCGAGACGCUGGCCAUCGCCGUGGCGGCCGGAUCCCUGGCCGCCCUCUUCCUCGGCUUCGUCCUGGGCUACUGCUGCGGACGGAAAUGCCGCAAGAACGAGGAGGACAACAUGCCCUAUCCGGACACGGAGUACGAAUACUUUGAGCAACGUCAAAACUGUCACAUGCGCAGGUUACAAGAGGAUCCGAAGUUGCUUCCGCAAGAGGAGGCCACGUACGCCGAACCGAUCCUGAUGCCGACGGUGAACAAGACGAUGACGUUGACGCCCAGCAACAUCGUCCAGCACCAGCAGCAGCACCAGCAGCAGCAGACGAACGGCAAUCAUUGCGGCGCAGGUUACAGCGCCACGUCGCCCAAGGCGACGCUGCGCAAAGUCAUCAACAACCACAACGCUGCGCUGACGUCGAACAACGCGGCCAACAGCCAAGUAGGUGCCCUUUUCGAAACGUGCCCGUCUCCUUGCCCGUCCAGCGGACUGUACGCGCCGUACAGCGAUCACGCCAACAAUUACGCCACGGCCAACAACGCGACGCUGUCCAGCAACGCGGCCAGGGAUCCUUACAGCAGCUUUCGCAGUCGGGACGCUUACGGCGCCGGAUCGAUCAGGAGCCAGCACCAGGCCGCCUUCAACGGCCAGCAACAGCAGCAGCUGGCGCCGUUGGCCGGCGGACUGCAAUCGUUGGGCCCGUUGGACGGCUCGACGGCCCUCUACGGCGGCACGUUGCGCUCCAGCAACAAAGCGGCCAAUUUGGCCGACAAUUACGGAACGGCCCGUAGUGUCAAAAAGGUCUACCUCUAAAAAAAAAAAAAAAAAAAAGUCUGACGAUCGCGAUUUUUCAAGUCCUCAGUUUAAAAAAAAAAAAAAAAAAAGAAAAGAAAAUUCCAAUUGAAUUGUUUAAACAAAACAACAAAAAAAAAACAAUGAAAUUUUAAUUGUUGGAUUUUCUUUUUCAUUUUUUUUUUUUUUUUUUUUUUUUUUUUUUUAACGAACGAUGGGAAAGAAAAAUGGAGUAUGCAAAUCAUUUUUUUUUUUUUUGUUGUUUUUGAAGUUUUUCUCACUCGUCCUUAAUCGGUUUCAUUAUCAAAAAUCUCCUGCGACACGGAACAAAAAUUAUUUUGUACGGGUUUCAAAUCGACGUUUGAUUCAUACGAGACAUGUGUUUAUUUAAAAACAAACUAACAAAAAAAAAAAAAAAAAAAGAGGGGAAAUUCUAUUGAUGAGCGAGCCAGCCAGCCCGCGAAAAUCAGUGCAAUACUGAUGUCCAGCAGAAAAAAAAAAAAAAGAAAGAAACUAUGUCCAGCUAUUGCUUUUCUAUACACUCUUUUACGUUGAUUCAUUGUCAAGUUAAACAAAACAAAACAAAACAAAAAAAAACACAAAAACAAAUUCGUGCUUUGUAAUUUUUCCCCACUCCUCUCACUUUGAUAUAUCUCUUAUACAUAACAAUUAUUCAAAUGGCCAAUGUCCCCUCGCCCCUUAUCUUUUUUUUUUUUUUUUAACAUCGUCUUGCUACAUUUUUGUUGUAUAAUUUAAUUCGUUUUUUUUUUUUUUGUGUGUGCUAUGAGAAUAGCGAAAAACAAACUUGACAUUUAUUAUUUCUAUUUUCUUUCAAUUUUCAAGUCCCUUUCGUGUCGUGUUGCCCGAGGUGAUGUGUACAUAAUUUCUCUGUAAAAUUGGUCACACAUUUUGAUUUUUUUUUUUUUUUUUUUUUUUUGAGUUCCAUUCGAUAUUUUUUUUUUUUCUUUUAUUUUAAAAAGAAAAAGAAAUGCAACGAGAGACACGCAGAGAUUGAAAACAAAAGAAUGGAUAAAUAAUAAUAAUGUUUUUUUUUUUUUUUAUAAAUUUGUGAGGAAAGGUGAGGGUUUUGAAUCGAAGCAGCUCUUAAACAAAAUCUGUCUAUAAAAUCUAUUUUUCAUCUUCUUUUUGCCUCCCAAUUUUGUUUCAAAUGUCUUUCCAUUUUAGUUGUAAUUAUUCCUUUACUCUCGUCCUUUCCCUUCAUUCACUUUUCUUUUUAUGUGUCUCUAUCCUACACGACAACAAAGAUCGUUGUUUUUGAUGUGGUUUCGUUAUAACAUUCACCUCUCCCACCCCAACCCCCUCCCCUUUUUUUUUUUUUUUUUUUCAUAUAACAAACGGUAAAACAAAAGAUAAACAAACAAAAAAAAAUAAAUAAAUAAGCCAAGGGUGAAAUCCCCGUGUUAUUUUGGGGGUGAGAUGACAAGUCCGAUCCAAAGUUGAUUGAUGAAGUUGAAAUUAUAACCAAAAGAAAAAAAAAAAAAACAUGAAACAUUAUUUUGUCGUCUAUGCGUGUUUUUGUGUGUGUUGAUUUUUUUUUUUUUUUAAAGAAAACAGUCCACCUAUCUCUUAUCGCGUCACACACAAGAAAAAAAGAAAAAAAAAAAAAAAAAAGUAUAGAGACACGUGCGUAAAGCCACGAUCGAAUGUGAAUAUUUUGAAAUGAAUUUCUUGUAUUUUGUUCGCGAAGGGUUGGGGGAGGGCGGGGUGCGGUUUCGUGUGCACGGGUGACGUUAACAUUUCCAGCGCCCUCUUCUUCGUGUGCCAUUUGUUUCUUCUAUUUGGUCCGCUAAUCUGGAAAUUCAUUUUUUUUUUUUUAUUAAAUUUAUUACACGAGUAAAAAAAAAAACGAAUGAACAGAUAACAAUCAACCAUCUAUUUAUAAAAAACGCAUCUUGCCACACACGCUGCUGCCCGUUUAAUAUACAUACAUAUAUAUUUGUUUCUCUCUUCUUUCCCUGUUUUUUUUUUUUUUCUUCUGUGGAACGGACCGAGAAAAACACACACAACAAAUUUGCAAAAAUCGAAGAAAAGAAAAGAAAAAAAAAAAAAUUUAUGCGUCGCUUUGUAUCUCGAAUUUUGUCUGUGGUUGAACGGCAAUAUAUAUAUAUAUAUAUACCAUC